GUCCUUUACACCUUCUGCACAUUGCACAUUACACACAUUAGGACUAUGAUAACCCAUCAAUAAUCCCAUUUUUCUCCCUCAUUAAAGUCAAAACCUAUCCCAAAUUAUUUGUGCGGUUUUUUGUACAUCCUCGAGCUUUAGAGCUUGUUUUACCAAUUGCGACUACUAUCCUCGUUAUCCGCUCCUAGUUUCCAGUUCCCCGUCGAGGAGAUUAGAAAACACAAACCCCCAAAACCGGUGCCCAACAGCUUUCUUUGCUGGCAAAAAGAGUUACGACUAAGAGGGGAAACAUAUCUAACUACAGUCAAGUUUCUUUUCUGUUUAUCAUCGUUUCAUCAUAGUGGUCGAGUGAGAGCUAUCCAUCUCCAAGAUGGCGGCCCUAGGAGACGAUUUGUUGCGGAUUGUGAACCAGUUGCAAGACUUGGUUUUUAAUACCAUCGGCACGGACUCUCUCGACCUACCUCAAAUCGUUGUCGUCGGUUCCCAAUCUGCUGGCAAAUCUUCCGUGCUUGAGAAUAUUGUUGGCCGCGAUUUCUUGCCUCGAGGAAGCGGUAUCGUAACUCGACGCCCCCUAAUCCUACAAUUGAUCAACGUAGAAGAGGAUGAAUCGGAACCAGACCUCCACGCUGCUUAUAGAAAUCCUACCCAAGCACGCCGCUCCGAAUGGGCAGAGUUCCACCACAUUCCCAGUCGGAAAUUUACCGAUUUUGGCGACGUAAAGCGUGAGAUUGAGAAUGAGACCUCGCGCGUUGCCGGUAGCAAUAAGGGCAUCAACAGACAGCCUAUCAACUUAAAAAUAUACUCUCCGCAUGUUCUCAACUUAACUCUAGUCGAUCUACCAGGACUUACCAAGGUUCCAAUUGGCGAUCAACCAGCCGAUAUUGAGAAGCAGACCCGGACCCUCAUCUCAGAAUACAUUGCCAAGCCCAACAGCAUCAUCCUCGCCGUCUCCCCUGCAAAUGUCGAUAUUGUCAACUCAGAGGCUCUCAAGCUCGCCAGACAUGUUGAUCCUUUGGGUCGGCGGACGAUUGGCGUUCUUACCAAGGUCGACUUGAUGGAUCAUGGUACAAACGCGCUGGAUAUCCUUUCUGGUCGCGUUUAUCCAUUAAAGUUAGGUUUCAUUGGGGUUGUUAACCGAUCUCAGCAAGAUAUACAGGGUAAUCGGCCCAUGGAGGAAGCCCUGAAAGCAGAGGCUGAAUUUUUCCGACACCACCCCGCCUAUCGAAACAUCUCGAUGCGAUGUGGAACCCAAUAUCUAGCUAAGACAUUAAAUCAGACUCUCAUGUCACAUAUUCGAGAGCGUCUACCAGAUAUCAAAGCACGCCUCAACACACUGAUGGGACAGACCCAGCAGGAGCUUGCAAGCUACGGUGAUAUGCACUUCAGCGGAAAAGAGCACCGAGGUUCCAUGAUUCUCCAGCUCAUGACCCGAUUUGCCACAUCAUUCAUCUCAUCCAUUGAUGGCACGUCCACCGAGAUAUCAACUAAAGAGCUUUCUGGGGGUGCACGGAUCUAUUAUAUAUUCAACUCGGUCUUUGGCAGCGCACUAGAGUCGAUUGAUCCUACCUCCAACCUCUCCGCUGUCGAUAUUAGAACUGCUAUUCGGAACUCGACAGGUCCUCGUCCAAGCUUGUUCGUGCCAGAAAUGGCUUUCGACCUGCUUGUCAAGCCCCAAAUAAAAAUGCUCGAGCUCCCGAGUCAGAGAUGCGUUGAGCUUGUAUAUGAAGAGUUAAUCAAGAUAUGUCACACAUGUGGCUCGACAGAGCUUUCCCGUUUCCCGAGGCUUCAAGCCAAGCUUAUAGAAGUCGUGUCAGACCUUCUGCGAGAACGGCUCGGACCAGCGUCGUCUUAUGUGGAGUCUCUGAUCGCCAUCCAGCGGGCAUACAUUAACACAAACCAUCCAAAUUUUCUAGGGGCGGCCGCCGCUAUGAGCCACGUUGUCACGAACAAGCAGGAACGCGAGAGGAAGAAGUUGAUUCAGGACGAACGAGAUCGACGAGAAAAGAAGAGGCUUAAAGAACUCGGCACGAAUGGGACAGACACCCUAGAGAAUGGAGAUGAUCCCAUCCAUGAAAGGAACGAUGUUAUUGAACCGCGGAAGCCGGCUGCAAAUGGAUCUCGGAGCAUGUCGCCUGCUGUUCGCCAGAAUGGGACUGCAAGUAUUGCCGCUACUAUGAACGGUGUGCGUUCAAACUCACCUAGCCGGUUCAAUCCCCAAGCAAUCGGAAAUGCUCGUGAUUCAUUCUUGAAUUACUUCUUUGGCAAGGAUGGCACAGCGCAAUCUCCGGGAGCCGGGGCUCCUUCUUCGCUUCCGCGCCAUGUCAGCCAAGGUGUAGAGCCCACUUUCAGCCAAAGCAUCCGGCGGAGUGAAGACAAGUUAAUUCACCGGCCUGCGUUGUCGUCGUCACUGAUACGCGAAGAAGAAAUUCCUCAAGGUGCUGGGUUUGGUUUUGGACCGCAACCGGGCGACAACGUGGAACCUGCCAUGAGUGACCGCGAGGCAAUGGAGACGGAGCUGAUCCGAGCUUUGAUAUCUUCAUAUUUCAAUAUUGUCCGCGAAUCUAUCGCCGAUCAAGUCCCGAAGGCUGUCAUGCAUCUCCUUGUCAAUCAUUGUAAAGAUGUCGUACAGAACAGGCUCGUCAGCGAGUUAUACAAGGAGACUCUCUUUGAAGAGCUUCUUUACGAAGAUGACGCCGUCAAGAAGGAGCGAGAAAAAUGUGAAAAAUUGCUUCAAACUUACCGAGAAGCAGCCAAGAUUAUUGGCGAGGUGUUAUAAUAGGACAUCAUGACUCGUCACCUUGUACUAGAAACCAGGAGUAUCUUACCUAGGAAAUGGUUAGAUUUUCACAUAGAGAGGAUGCAAUGUAUGGCUUGCUAUCUGUACGAUAGAGACGGGGGUAACUUGUCCAAGGGUUGCUUGUUACUUAUUCGCUCAGCGCUCUCGUGUCGCUAUAAGCGGAUGAGAUCGAGGUAUUAGAACACUCGGCGGCGCACCUUUUUGUACAUAUGGCGCAAUUAUGCUACUCUUGCGUAUCUAGUAUAUUUACCAGCAUCACUCUCUUAUCAUCAUAGCCAACGAUUCUCUUUUCGAUUUAGUUGGCACGUGGUCGUACUAUUUUUAUCUCGACUUCUAUGGGUCGAACAAUUCUUGAAACGGCACGGUCAGCUUAUCUAUGUGUAACGCUACGCAUAUGGAGGGUAAUUUAGUAGCGCGAGACCAA